AUGCUGAUGUGGACGGUGCUGUUGUUGGUGGCGCUGGCCACCGACCCGAGCGACGCCGAGUGUCCGCACGAAGCGAGCGACCUGCAGCCGUGGAGCGCCGCCUCCUCCUGGGACGCCGGCGCCGUAAGCAUGAUCUCGCCAGCAGGGGCCAGCCCGCCCGCUCAUGCCGACGAACUGCUGCUCAGCGCCAGCCUCAUCGAGCUGGAUGGUGGCGAGCUCUGGAUCGGCUCCGAGGAGUGCCCGUUCGAAAGCCGCGCCGAGGUACUGCUCACUGGUCAGCGCGACGAGGCAGAGGGCGCCGCCGACGUGCAAAAGGCCGUGCUCGUGCGACGAGGGGCCCUAGAGGUGCACGGUAAGCCCAAGCGCUCGUGGACUAAGCUGGCAGCUACCGUGCCCAAAUCAACGCGUGAGGACCUGGUGGGUAACCCCAUUUACAGCGUACAAGACGAGGAGGACAUCAGCAGCAAUGGUUUCCGCAUGUACGAGUUCGACAGCGAUGGUAACGCCGUACGGAACUGGGGACGCGUGACGGGACCGACUAAGUACAGCCGAGUGCUCGACCACACGGAUAACGUGGUGGUGGUGGCCGUCUCACAGAUGACCAGGUUCGGCAGCCACGACCCGGUCGCUACGGCGGAGGUGUUUGAGUCGCUCUGCUACGGUGGCGAGCGGCAGUCAGCCAUUCGCAGCAUGGUGGACCAGCAGCGGCUGGCGUUCGUCGCUAUCUGCCACGUCGGCUCACCCGAGAACAGCGUAGAGAUGGUCGGCACGGUCAACACCGGUCGCUCGCACACAGGACGCGUGGUGCAAACCAUCGGCGAUGUCGAAUUCGCCGCCAUGUCGACCGUGGUGCUCAGUGGCUCCGACAGCCCCCUGCCCGAAAUGGCGUCCUACGCGGCCGGCACCACACCCUCCAUGGAGGUGAUCCUCACCAUGACCGACGACAUCGGCUCUUGGGAAACCGGCGAUAGGAUUGUCAUCGCCUCCACCGACUUCAACCGAGACCAGGAGGAGGAGUUCGAUCUGCUGGACUGCCCUAACUGCGACGCCACGCAGGUGAAAGUCAUGGGUCCCAUCUGGUACACGCACUGGGGUGAAAUCACCGACGGCGUUGACAUGCGCGGCGAGGUCGGUGACCUCACACGCAACGUCCAAUUCCACGGCCAAAUGGAGGAUGCCUGCUAUGGAAACAACUUGUGCGACAGCUUUGACUACGAUACGUUUGGCGGACAUAUUAAAAUGCUCUCUGGCUUCAACAGCGCCAGGAUUGAAAACGCCGAGUUCUACCACAUGGGGCAGCAGCCUGUCAUCGGAUCAUAUCCCAUCCACUUCCACAUGUGCUUGGACACGUCACAGAAAGACGUGUAUAUCCGCGGCAAUGCCAUCCACAACACGUUCUCGCGCUGCCUCACCAUCCACGGCACGCACAACGUCACCGCCGAGAACAACGUGGCGUUCGACCACCUGGGUCACUGCUUCUUCCUUGAGGACGGCGGCGAGCAGGACAACAGACUGAUAGGCAACCUCGGCAUGGGCACCAAAGCGGGCACCUUGCUGCCAACCGACGCCGUCAACAAGGUCAGCACGUUCUGGGUGACCAACCCCGACAACGAGGUCAUCAACAACGUCGCGGCCGGCUCCGAAGCCGCACCGGCCAAGCCCAACGAGCAUAACGAGAUGCUAUCUGGGGCACGUAUCGUCGGUGACACAGCCAACAAGGGCGAGCCAGCGGGCGAAGUCCAGCUGCCAUCCGGAGAGGUCAUCCAGGUGGACCGUUCGCUACCCCGCACCGGGUCCGCGCAGCACGCGCAAAUUGGCGUCGCCUUCUACCGUGGACCCGUGCAUGUGGUGGACACGUCGUUUGCCGGCUUCCAGACUAACGCGCUGCGGCCGGCCGGCGCCAUCGGCAAGAAGCUCAGCAACCCGUACUUCUCUUCGCCUAUUGCCAGCGUGCGCAACGCCACGUUUGACUUCGCCGACCCGGCCGGUGGCAGCCGUUUCUACGACGGUGACGGCACCGUAACGGGCUACAAGGAGCGCGACGGUAACCGGCACAACGUCGUGCUCGACUGGGACGGCUCGCUUACCACUUACCCUCGCGCCAGCCUGGUGCGGCCCAUCCCACUGUUGAUGAACGCGCGCUGUGUGCUCCUGCCCAACUGGGGGCCGGGCGUCGGGCUCUGUCCGGACCGCUUCAACCGCGUGCAGCUCGGCAUCGCCGGUAACAUCCCCACAUUCAUGACGCGCAACGACCUGCAGAACGCCGAGACGGAGACGGCGCUGGCCGAGAAGCAGGUCAGCUACUCACUCAACUCGGCCGAGUCGUACAUCAUGCACUUUAACACAACCGUGCCGGCCCGCUUCGGGUUCAACAUGUACGGCGUCCAGCAAGGCCUGGCGCAGCUCGUUGGCGUCUGUGUGGGUGCCAACCAGGAGCUGGACAUAAAACCGCGAAAUCAAUACACCCUUGUCAACGACAUGGAAGAGGUACUGGCCGACGAGAACAACAGCAAGUGCUUCUACGACCCGGCCAUCGGAGUGGCGGUCUUCAGGUUCACCAGUCAGAGUCCGCGCACCGACGCGACCACGUCCCAUUGUCCGGGCGACCUGGACGAGGGCGGCAACGGCAUUUGCACUACGCGCGUCAUCAUCGAGCUGCCGGCGGCGCACGAGGACGGCGACUGUCGCUCCCGGGCCUACCCGGCCUACGCCACCGAGCCUGUGUCGGCCGAGGGCGCGCUCACCGUGCCCGUCUUCGACUAG